CCGAGAUAGUGAUGACUUUGCGGGGCAUUGUCUUUGGUUCUCUUCUUAUUGCUCUCUGUGCAUAUAACCGCAUGGGAGGCGUUACAUGUCCCUGGCAGCCGGUCCUCUGUGGGCUGAUCUGUGUUGGAAGCUGACCUACCAUGGUGCCAGUCUGAGAUGAACUUGAUACUUAUUACUUAAUUUUACCUUGUAUUGAAGUUGUCUGGAUGCCAGCUUCUUGUCACUCGCUUUGUCUCGUCUAAGUUUCUAUCCUUUCUCCAUCUAAUUACAGAUUCACAGCUGCACUGCCCAAGUGCCCUUGUCCCACACUGCAGGCCUCCAGUUCCAUGUGGCCCCUCCAUGCUUUAUGUUAACAGAAUAAAGCACCCUUGCCUGUGCACUGUAUGUGCAUUUGCUAAACUUGGAUCCAGAGUACCGUGUGACCUAGAAGCUUCCAAUCUUCUACAGAGCUUUUUGCCAGUGCACCCUUCCCUAUCGAUUGCACCAAAUCCUAGCUGAAAAGGCUUUCCGUUUACUCGCGGUUUCAAUUAUAGGUUGAAAUCCUAUAAUCCCCCACGGUAAAAUGGACCAGGAGUCGGACGAAACGGAUAGUGUGUACGAUACUGCCAGCUCUACAAACAGUAGGCCUGACUUGUCGAAUGACGCUCACUAUCAGCGCCGCAGAUACCAUUCGAAUGAAGUCCAUAAUGCGUCCGACACCCCUGAACGAUCGAUGUCAUUCCGGUCAAUGUCCCGCACCCCAAGUUCAAAAUACAGAAAUUCAGAUCUUGUUUGCCAAAAGAUUCCUCCUGGAGAAUACGCCGCUACAAUUGACGAAGUGCUGGCCUUAAACGACGCAGAGCCCGUUCAGAAAGUCAACAGCGCGGAAGAGCGUCGCAAAGAUGAUGACCACAACUCAAUUAGCUCGCAGGUUUGCGUGUCGCCAUCAUGGUCGCGGGCUGCUCAAAAGAGGCGUGAGAAAAAAGAGCAAAGGAAGAAAAUGGAGAAGGAGCAGAAGGAGCUUGAGCGGAGGUUAAAACAGGAAGCUAAACGAAGAAAAGGGUCUGAUUCGCGGGAGCCUCGACGGCUGCAGAAGCGAGCACCCCUAGCGGCUUCAAGCAGAGCCUCAAGUGCCCAUAGUGCGUUUCCGCUACCGUCUGCCGCUUCAUCGCGUGGAUCAUUUUGGUCCAGAAGAACAUCAGGGGCCAAUUCCAUUAAUGAUCAAUAUCAGGGUGAGGUAAAAAAGGAAAGUCGUAGAUUUUCUUUCGGUGGAGAUAAUGCAUCGGGGAAGAAACUAAAGUUUCCCAAUGUCUGGCCUCGUCGAUCUACUAAACCCAAGGAGCGGCAAGGUGCUGAUCAGCCAUCUGCUACAGAAAAUACCCCACCCGAUACCAAUAGGCAUUUUCUCCAUACGGUGAAGAGGCAUGGAGAUUUGCGAGCAAGCGCAAAGGCGUUUGAAGUGAUCAGAGGCGCGCGAACAUCCUUCGGUCCAGUAUCAGCGCACCCCAAGAUGCGUCAAAGUAUGCCUGAUGGUCGGCGUGUGGGAAAUAUGAAUGGCAGAGCAGAUGAAGGGGACAUCGCUACGCAACAUCGAGUAUUUGCAAAUCGGGAACUACGAAUGCCGUUCGAGCCAGUUCACAAUAUUCGCUCUCAGAGGCAACCUUCCGAAGCCGCAACACUGAGCCAAUCUCUAGGUUCUCGCGCGAUCACCGGCACGGACUCCCUUGGCAUUCAAAUCAAAGCAAGGGGACCCGCUGAUAAGGAUGCACGGAGCAAGAUUCUGAGCGAUGAGCGCCAUCCAACUCCGGUUGUCGGCUUGAAAAAUUCUGAAGAUGGAGCUGAAACAAUAGGCAUGUCCCCGGUUGAGCAUGGAUCGCCCAAAGAUACCCCUACUAUGAAGGACCCCUCUUCCCCACAUUCCCCUGUGCAAAGUACGACAUGCGAAAUGACCAAUACUCGUGAAGAGGAACAUUCGUCUUCGCCCGGUGCCAAACAGUCCCAGCCACUUUCUCGAAAUGCCUACACCCCCAGCAGCCAGAACGAAUCGCAGCAUGGUGCCGCAAGCGUCACACCUAAUGGCAGUGAAACUCAACCCAUCGAGCCCACGCCUCCGCAAGCGAAUUUUUCUAGGCUCGAACACCCACGUAUAGCUUCCAACCACAUUCGGGACGCUAACUUCCGCUCAUCACCAUUGGCUGGACCACCUCUUGUUGUUCAACAUCCUGAGAAGGGGAAUGAGACUUCCGCAGCUGAAGAGCAAGGACAUUGUACUAUUGAAACCGCACAAAAUCCAGCUAGGCGCCGUAAUUCCUUACAAGCAUACAUAGAUUCCAAGAGACUCACCAUCCCGCGGUUUUUAGGGCAUGGUAGAAGGAGCAACAGUGGUGCCAGUAUGGACUUGGUACAGGGACGAAAGAAAAUGGGUCAGGCUGGGUCUGCCGUGGCAUCUUCAAAGUCUGAAUCGACUACGGUUGCUUCGAGUCCUUUGUCCAGUUCUACUAGUCCACCGGACAGCCCGAACAGUCAGAAAAAUGGAUUUUCGACUGCGAAAUCAACCGAUAUAACGGACUCUUCGCGGCCCAAUCGAAACUCAAACGAUAUUAUGCAGAGACUGCGCAUGGGUGGUGAUCAAAGGGAAAAGCUACGGAAACGAGCGGUGUCGGUAGAUAUCAAUUCCAGAUCCGGUUCCAAAACGCCAGAAACAGAAACACUACGUCAUACUGUCCAUGACAAACCAUCCGGAGACCGCAACUCGCAGCCCAAGACGCAAACGCCACAGAGUCUGGAUUCCCCUCGUCUAUCUGCAAACACCGGGAAGAAAAUAUCGGCUAACCCUUCUAAAGAGCCAUCAUCCGCCACACCAGGGCCCAGUCAGUUUCGACGCUCCACGUCCGACUAUAUCCCUACCUCUCCAAGCUCUUUAAGCCUUCACCGAGCGCUUGGUGCGUCACCCCAAGGUACUGGAUCAAGCCGAACGCCUGGCCAACAAAUUGCAAAAAUGUUUGUCAUAUGUUGCCAGUGCAAACAUUGGCACGACAUGACUUCCCAAGCCUAUGCAAAGUUAGCCUUUCCCGAUAAAACACAGGAUCCUGCCCAAGGGGCCGCGGAUACUGUUACUUCUCCAACCGGACUCGAAUCACCAUUGAGAGUUUUUGGUGGAUCGCCAUUAGCAAGUCCUAAUUCGUCGAGGACGAGCCUUGGAGUCAAAGAAGGAAAGGCACCUGCUAAACCUACCCGGCCAGGACACAGCUCCACGUCUACCUUGUUAAAUCACUCUACGAUAUGUUGCUGGUGUUACCAUCAAAUGGCAAAGGCUUGCUGCGCUGGCUGGACAACAAUUGUUACUAUGCGCGAACGCCAUCAUUGAAAGGCGUUGAACAAGGCAAGUCGGACGAUUGGACCUUGAACAAAGUCCGAAUAACUAGGUAUUAGGACGUUCUUGGAAUCGAAAACGUGCCCGUACUCAAUGGUUUGGUUUCCCAGUUCUUCAUUCCACUCAGUCUUAUGGACUUUUGAAUCAUGCCUUUUUUUUUUUUUUUUGACAUUUUGACAUCUUGAUGCACCAAAACAUAACACAUGUGCUUUCCAACUAAUGUCAUGCAUUACAUGGAGACUUGAUGCAUUCGGUCUUUGCAAUCACUUUCUGGGUGCUAAAAGCGACCCUCUUUUUUGGUAUUGCUGUGAAGUAUAAUUGCUGUUUUUUUUUUUCGGUUACCACAUGAAUGAGAUAUGAGUUGCAUUUCGGUUGCGCAAAUUUGGAAGUAUGAUCUUAUGACCUUGUCUAUUCUCCCCUUUUCUAUUCUAGAUAUAUUUGUACUGUUCCUUGAGUUCCAUGGUUCGGAGCAUACUCUAAAACAUACUACAUUGUAUAAAAGUUUUACAUCCAUAGAG